ACUGCGUCUUAGAUAACGAGAACUACGUAACAACUUGAUAUCAUUAUCAUCAAACUGGAGUAGCUGAACUGGCCCUCUAACUGAUGCUCUCUGGCUUGUAUUGGUGGUGGUUUAGUAGAAGUAGUCGUGUAUGUGCGUGUGUGGUGUCUGUAUGUAUCUUCACUGAAGGACUAUGGCGUCUUUGACUUGGCUGAUAGGAACUUCUUUCUGGUUUCUUUACGCUGCAUCCUGCUGCUCAGCUUGCCAGAUUACCAUAGACAAUGUCGGAGCCUACACUCUGGGACCGUCCGGGGAUUCCCCAUGGCUGAAGGGCGGCCCUUUCUCCUUCCUGUUUGAUUCAAAAUGGCGGUCAACCGAUGAUGGCACCCUCAACUUCACAGGCCCAGUCACUAUCAGUGCCGGCAAGGAUGAACUAUCCCAGUACAACUCUAGAUCCCUGAAGAUGGCGGCUGGCGGCGUGUCUAUGGUGGCAGAAGUCAGGACGUACCCGGAAUAUCCUGGUGUUGUCAUUUUUAUUCAAAGAUUUCCCCAGGGUCUGUUGGGUUCUAGAUUUGAAGCAAACAAGACCAACACAGCCUUCCCAACGUUCCAGAUGACGUCAACGGAAGCGGAUCUGGGCUACUUGUCGUAUGGUGGCAUGAUGUUGGGAGACUACGCAAAGUCGUUUGGAAUGUAA